ACAGGAAGUUGUAGCUGCCAAUGUUUAGCUUGCCGCUUUGUUGAGGAUUCCUGCUGGGCUUCCUGCAGAUUUUAUCAUACGAGUUGCAAUGGAACCGAGCUGGAGUGCGUUUUUAUUUCAACAGGCCAAUGAGGCCCUUCACCAGCACCAAAUAGCCGGAAACAGCCUUUUGCCUCUGCUCAAUUCUGCAACGGAGCCACCUGAUCAGAAACCAGUACUGCCCAUACUGUUGGACCAGAAACCACCAGUCAGUGCUGCAGAACUUCUUAAAGAUAAUGUGGCCAGCGGGGCUGGGGGAGGAGGUGGUGGAGGACCUCUACUUGCUGUGAUUAAAAAAGAACCCAAAUCAAAGACGCCCUUCAUUUGUGGCUACUGCAACAAGGCUUUUCGGGACAGUUACCACUUGCGGCGGCAUGAGUCAUGUCACACCGGCAUUAAGAUGGUCUCACGGCCUAAAAAGACACCCACAGCUCCCACCAUGGUGCCACUCAUAGCCACUGUACCUCGUGAAAAUAGUGGAAACUCUUCAUACAUUACUACUGUAGCUGGUAUCUUGACUACAGCCACCACAUCAACAGCAACAGGCACAAGCAUUAUGACACCGAUGCAACACCAACAGCAGCAGAGCAUCCCUAAGAAACCCUCCAAGCCCGUGAAAAAGAAUCACGGCUGUGAUAUGUGUGGAAAGGCCUUUCGGGAUGUUUAUCACCUCAACCGUCACAAGCUGUCGCACUCUGAUGAAAAACCGUUUGAGUGUCCCGUCUGUCACCAGAGGUUCAAGAGGAAGGAUCGAAUGACGUAUCAUGCACGCUCCCAUGAUGGCGGCAUUCACAAGCCUUACAUUUGUUCUGUGUGUGGGAAAGGAUUCUCCAGGCCUGAUCAUCUCAGCUGUCAUGUCAAGCAUGUCCAUUCCUCAGAGAGGCCUUUCAAGUGCCAAGUAACGGCCUGUACAUCUGCCUUUGCUACCAAAGACCGUCUGCGCUCGCAUAUGAUCAGACAUGAAGGCAAAGUCACCUGUAACAUCUGUGGCAAAAUGCUAAGUGCAGCCUACAUCACAAGUCACCUCAAGACUCAUGGCCAGGCCAGCUUCAGCAACCAUUGUAACAAAGGAAUAAGUGACUGGCAGUGGAACCAUUCAGGGCCACGAAAAGGUGAGUUGACGGUAGGAGAGAUUUUAAAUAACUCCUUCCAAGUCCUAAUUGACAACUCUCAUAAAGAUGCCAACAACAUACACAACUCCGCCACGACAACGCCAGUCACCAACUCUGCAGCCAUCACCUCUGCUUUAAACCGAGGUGGCAAUACCAGCAAUCCAGUCACCAUUGCUGCUCAGAUGAACAUCACCACCAGCACCAUCAACAUAACAAACCCGGUUAACUUGGGCCCCGUCAACCUCGCCUCUGUCAAUAUCCCAACGACAGCCCACAUGAAUCUUGCCCACCCUGUAGCUAUAACCACCCCGAUGCCCAUGAAUAUUACCGGCCCACUUAACAUUGCUAUGAGGCCCAUGGAUAGCAUGCCUUUUCUAUCCCAAGUUCUGCCAUCCUCACCUCCUUGGUAGAUAUUUUUUGUAGCCGCAGAGUAACUGUUGAGAAUGUAACUAUAUGCCUAAUAAUAAUAUACAAAUGUGCUGAAUCUUGGUCCAAUGAAGGGCGGCAUGCCUUCCUAAAUAAUACACGACCUCACCCCACGUAGAUUCCUAAUCGAAAAAGUAAUUGUUACCACCACUUUGGGAAAUAUUAAAUGUGGAAGAAGCAGUGAUUUACAUAUCCCACAAAUGAAUUGGGGUAGCAUUGCUCAGGUGGUCGUGGUCGGAUCCUUAGUGCCACUGUGACCCUAUAACUGUUAUUUUUGAGCAAGAUACUGAACCCCCAGUUGCUCCUGGGGCUGCAUCAUCAGUAGGUGAAUGAGGUAAUAGUGUCAAAGUGCUUUCAUUACCUUGAAGGUAGAAAAGCGCUAUACAGUGGAACCUGUUAAUGUUGACCAACCCAUCGUGUUUUUAUCAUUGCUAAAAAAGCUGCCAGUUUAAACCGGAGCAAUUCUAUGAAAAGAAGUGCCACUUACAUUCAAAGUUUCAGCAUAGGGUCAAAAGUCAUUUCUUCUUUCGUGUUAGGGCUCUCAGCCGUUCUUUAAUCUUCCUUCGUACAAAUACCUAAAUCACACCUGACAAAAUACGUCUCGUUAAGCUUUGUAAUCCGGUCCGCUGGAUGUCUUCCAAUUAUUUUUUAAAACAUUUAACAUCAAAACUGCCGUUAUUAAUUUACCGUAAGUCUUGUGGUGCGUUCCAUUAACCUCGGAAGUUGGAAAUCAGAGCUGGGAAUGAUGUCUUGCGCUCUAGUUACGAAGUCGGAAAUAAAGAUCGCCAAAUCCACGAAAAGUAUUCUUGCUCUUGCCUUAUCUGAAUAUAAACAACUUAUGGAAAAAUAUGCACUCUUUCUCCAACUUUUAAACAAGGUGGAUGACAAGUAAACACAGACAUUAUUUCUAGCAAUGUAGAACGUAUAAAACACAUGAGCAAAAUUAAUUUACUGUAUUUUCUGGACUAUAAACCGAAUCGACAUAUAAACCUCACCCACUAAAUUUUAGUAUACUGUAUAUACGUACAUAUACUGUAUUAGCCGCACUGGACUAUAAACCGCAUUUAUAUACCGGUACAUUGUGAAAUAUUUACAUAUACAGAUUUUGUAAAUGUUUAUUUCCAUACCUUAAUUGUUUCCAGAUGGUGCCUGUAACACGCCAGUAAAAUGGCUGAUCAAACAAAACAGAAAAGUAAUUAAUGUCUUAUUCGUCUUUUGAGAUGAAUGAUAUUUUCUCCUUUUUUAAUAAGGUUCAAGAUGUUUAUAAGGAUUUUUUUACUCUGUUUGUUGCGUUUUGCUUGAUUGUAAAAUGUGUCGAUCAAGGAGGUGGUCUGCGAAGUAAAGGAGGAGCAACAUUCUUAAUAUUCAGUUUUUUAUCAUACGCAGUUAAUAUUGUAAAUCCCACAUUCUAUAUGUUAUGUAUAUUUUGGCUGCCUUAUUCAGUGAAAAACUGUAAAACUUCAUAAUUUAGCUGUAAAAAAAAAAUGCUGUAUUUGCUUGGGUCUGUUUUUUCAGGAAUACUAAUGCAAAACUUUACAAAAUAAUGUCUAAUAUGCGGGAGGGAAAAGGUGUGACAGACCACCUCAAAAACGGAAUAGAAUUGUUUUUUUCAUUUGCACAAAUGGAGGAAAAAGUAAACAAACUACCAUAGGUUCAACAUUGUAUGCCUCUGGCUGAAGUCACUAAUAACUGUUAUUCGGUCAUGUCGACAACCAUUUGUGUCAACGUGAGUCAGCCAGUCCGAGGGAUGUCGACUUUUAACGGGUUCCACAGUGUAAGUGAAAGCCUGUUUACCAUUCAUCACAUUGAUGCAAAAUGAUUAGUAUUAGUAAAAGUAUUACCUCUGAAGCUUAGUCCCUCCGAUGAAUUUUCUAAAACAAAUUUUCAACAAUCCGUAUGAGGAAAAGCAACACAUUGUUUGUGUUUUACAUUAGUAGAGAUUAAAGUACCCAGAAAACAUUUAAAUUCUCUAAUCUAUCAAACGGACAGUCUACCGUAUUUUCAUAAAAACCUUCUAUUCAAUGUAAAAUGACCCCACUCACUACCAUUUUAGUUUGUUUUUUUUAGUAUUUAAGCAACCCAUUAUGCCAAAGAGUUUCGAAGUAACACUGUUCCCUUUAAAUGAUGAAUGUUAAAGAUGAGUGUAGACACCUAAAUUAAUUUAGAUCAAGCACUAUCUCAAAAGAGGUCUCACAUUAGAUGCUCCUACAUCUUUGCAUUCUGAUAUCGUGUUUACUCAAAUCUAAUUUUGAAAUCAAUUUAGGUAUGUUUAGUGUUUACAUAGAUUUUCGAACAGAACAAAUAUGGUUGCCGAUUUUGAUGUAUUUAUCAGACAGUUAUUAGACAUUAUUAGCGGUUACACAUUGAACCAUAUGUUUAAUGUAUCUCUUGUUUUGUGCCGCAUUUGUUAGCUGACUUAAUGGAGCUGUGUUAUAAGGAGUAUCCUUUUACACAAUUCUUGAUCUAGUUGUCAAUGUGUAGUAUAAGUGAACAAUUGCAACAAGAUUGCCUAUGCUGUGCAUUUGAUGUCAAAAGGUGUGACACCUUCCUACACCUGAGGUGUAUUUUUGGUGUGUGUGAGACACAAUGCUUCCAGAUAAGAUUUUUUUUACACUAUUUUUAGAGGACUAAUCAGUAUUUAAUAGUUUUAUGUAUUUCAAAGUUUUAAGUGAUAAAAAAAUAUUUCUUAGAAGGGCUGGUGUUAUAUUUUGCAUUUUGUUGAUGUUUCUGAAGCUUGGUGAGGUUUGUUUUAAAUUAACUUCUCCCCUGGCUGUAUUUUGAAAUUAAAUUCACAUCAUCUAUGUGUGAAUUAUUGAGGAAAUAUUUAUCAUAAGAACUUGACAGCUUAAGGUACAGCACAGAGGGAGAAACAGUAUUAUUAAGGUCAAAUAGAUUGAUUACUGAGGUCGAGAACUGUAUAUUUACAGUAUUUCCUUCGAAGGUCAUGGAACGCUAUCAAGGCCAUUUCAAAGUUAGGUUGUUCGGAAUGUUUAUGUUAACAAGCAUAUGAGCUUAUAUAUGCCAGUAGAACUCUAAAAAGUUACUUCUUCUCCAAUGCCUGUUUACCUUCUUUUUUGUAAAUAUGGAACACUAUUUUAUAGCCUUGUGAUAAUGCCAGUGUGACUUUAUACCACAGCUGGCAGUGCAAAACAAAUUGGUCUAUCUCUCACAUUUUUAUGGCAAUAUUUCUUAAGGGACAAUACAAAAUAAUGAAACAGGGUUAUACUUUAAUUAGUUGAUUUACUCAACAUAUUAUGGUAGUGAUUCAAUAUCAAGUAAAAAUUAAGAGCUAUAUUUGCCGAUAAAAUAUAAUAUAUAAAAUAUUUUCACGUUUCUUGAAUGAUUUUGCCAAUCAGAUCAGACUAAAAAUAAAACGCAGCACAAUUUUAGGUAAACAUAGUUUUGGGAACAAACCUAUUUGGGGAAAAAAAAUUACAAUUGUAUAAGAUAGUGUAACAAUUAGGGAGUGUGUGGCACACUUGCUAGCUGUAUUGACGCGACACUGAUACUGUGUUAGUGUUUCAUUAUGUUCAUCCGCUAUCUGCUCUUUAAAAAAGUAUCUGCAUUUGACUUCAAAAUAAGACUAAUCUUUCACAAAUAUAAUUGGUACUUUUAAACAAACAGCUGCACAGAAAGGAAUAUGAAACACGCAACUCUGGUCAAGUAUCCAAAUAGUAAAUUGAAAAAGAAGAAUAUUUACUUUAUUUGGCGCUUUAAGAUCAAAAUGAUCCCAUACUUCAGAAUUUUGCCUUUUCUUAGUUCUAUUUAGAUCGAUGAUCUAAAUAGAUCAUCUUUGUUUAGUAGGAACUGUCACUUGUGAGCCGAAAGAAAAACAAUUCCUGAAGAGCAGUUUGGCGCUUCGCGGUGAAAUGACGCAACAUUUUUUUCUUAAAGUGACACAUUGAAACAUCGAGUGACAGUAUUACUCCUUGUGUUUUUCAUAAGGCACUAAAAAGCAGUACUAUUAAUAAUAACAAAAUAUAAUUCACAAAUAUAAUUGUUACUUUUAAACAAACAUAGAAUCAUCCCUUAUUCUUUUUUUGUUACAAAGAAUAGUUUAAGUAAAAUAAAAACUGCUUGUGCAAAAUAGAGUUUUUACCCAACAAAACGGCAACAAUGCAAAAAUAUAAUCAUUAAAAAAUAUAUUGUUCAUCAAUGGUCAGUCAACUUCAAGAAUAGUACUCGCGGUCUGGGGAGAUUGCUUGUGCUUUUGGCUCGUAGUCAGCAGGCUCGCCUCUCACACCGAUAACCUGGGUUUGUGCCCUGCUCGGAGCAGUCGGAAAAAACAACGAGAGAGUUCAAUAUAAGCAACAAUAUGACUAACAAAACACAAAUAAUUAGCUGUUCAACCAAUGAAAUGUGUCACUGCAUCGCCCACCCACGCCGUCACAUCCUUGUUUACGUUAACAGAGAUCUCAGUUUUUCAUGACCAUUUCUUACUCUCAUUUACUAACAAAAAUCCCUGCUUUAGCACUGCACAGUUCCCCGUUGUUUAAUGAGAGCAGGGUAAACCGUUCGCAAAGUGCGAUUUUUGUCACAAUUCUUGUAAAAACUCUUGAGAAAUCAGGCAAGAUCCCCAAAUUUUUGUCAAUGUUACAAAUGUUCUGCACUUGAGUAUGAAUAUGAAGCGUAUUUCGUACAUCAUGUGCUUUUUGGGUAAAGCUUACAAAGAACACUUGAAACAUUGAUAACAAAUUCAUACAAACGCAAGCUGAUGCAAAGAUAGGCUUUGACAUUGCAACUUUUACCACAACUUUGUAAAAAUGAAAAAACAAUCCCGGAGGGACUGACAGCUUUAUGCUGACUACUCUUAAAUUGUAUCCAUGUGUCUUUUGUGUUUUCCCUUGAGAAUAAAUAAAAAUGUGAGCGCUGAUGUGGCCGUCCACACUAAGAAUAAACAGACCACAUUGGCCUAUAAGCUUGUCAUUUUUGUUUUAAUCACUAAUCCCCUCCCCAAAAAAACAAAAAACUGUUCAACAAAUAUUGCUUGUGGUGCUAUGGCCAUUUUGUCGUCAGAUAAACAAAUCUAAUACUUGAUAAACAAAUCUAAUACUUGUGAUAUGAAAAUACUGUAUACUAUUCAUCAGGGUCAUGGGAGUAUUCCUUUUACAAACCCCGUUUCCAUAUGAGUUGGGAAAUUGUGUUAGAUGUAAAUAUAAACGGAAUACAAUGAUUUGCAAAUCAUUUUCAACCAUAUUCAAUUGAAUGCACUACAAAGACAAGAUAUUUGAUGUUCAAACUCAUAAACUUUAUUUUUUUUUUUGCAAAUAAUAAUUAACUUAGAAUUUCAUGGCUGCAACACGUGCCAAACUAGUUGGGAAAAGUCAUGUUCACCACUGUGUUACAUGGCCUUUCCUUUUAACAACACUUGGUAAACGUUUGGGAACUGAGGAAACACAUUUUUUAAGCUUCUCAGGUGGAAUUAUUUCCCAUUAUUGCUUGAUGUACAGCUUAAGUUGUUCAACAGUCCGGGGGUCUCCGUUGUGGUAUUUUAGGCUUCAUAAUGCGCCACACAUUUUCAAUGGGAGACAGGUCUGGACUACAGGCAGGCCAGUCUAGUACCCGCACUCUUUUACUAUGAAGCCACGUUGAUGUAACACGUGGCUUGGCAUUGUCUUGCUAAAAUAAGCAGGGGCGUCCAUGGUAACGUUGCUUGGAUGGCAACAUAUGUUGCUCCAAAACCUGUAUGUACCUUUCAGCAUCAAUGGUGCCUUCACAGAUGUGUAAGUUACCCAUGUCUUGGGCACUAAUACACCCCCAUACCAUCACAGAUGCUGGCUUUUCAACUUUGCGCCUAUAACAAUCCGGAUGGUUCUUUUCCUCUUUGGUCCGGAGGACACGACGUCCACAGUUUCCAAAAACAAUUUGAAAUGUGGACUCGUCAGACCACAGAACACUUUUCCACUUUGUAUCAGUCCAUCUUAGAUGAGCUCAGGCCCAGCGAAGCCGACGGCGUUUCUGGGUGUUGUUGAUAAACGGUUUUCGCUUCGCAUAGGAGAGUCUUAACUUGCACUUACAGAUGUAGCGACCAACUGUAGUUACUGACAGUGGGUUUCUGAAGUGUUCCUGAGCCCAUGUGGUGAUAUCCUUUACACACUGAUGUCGCUUGUUGAUGCAGUACAGCCUGAGGGAUCGAAGGUCACGGGCUUAGCUGCUUACGUGCAGUGAUUUCUCCAGAUUUUCUGAAACCUUUGAUGAUAUUACGGACCGUAGAUAGUGAAAUCCCUAAAUUCCUUGCAAUAGUUGGUUGAGAAAGGUUUUUCUUGAACUGUUCAACAAUUUGCUCACGUAUUUGUUGACAAAGUGGUGACCCUCGCCCCACACUUGUUUGUGAAUGACUGAGCAUUUCAUGGAAUCUACUUUUAUACCCAAUAAUGGCACCCACCUGUUCCCAAUUUGCCUGUUCACCUGUGGGCUGUUCCAAAUAAGUGUUUGAUGAGCAUUCCUCAACUUUAUCAGUAUUUAUUGCCACCUUUCCCAACUUCUUUGUCACGUGUUGCUGGCAUCAAAUUCUAAAGUUAAUGAUUAUUGUCAAAAAAAAAAAGUUUAUCAGUUUGAACAUCAAAGAUGUUGUCUUUGUAGCAUAUUCAACUGAAUAUAGGUUGAAAAUGAUUUGCAAAUCAUUGUAUUCCGUUUAUAUUUACAUCUAACACAAUUUCCCAACUCAUAUGGAAACGGGGUUUGUACAUAUUUACGAGAAUACUGUGGUUAAACUUGUAAAUGGAGGCUUGUUUUCGGAAAGAAGACUUAAUAGUGUUUCCUGUGAAAUAA